GCCCUACAAAAGGCAGGAAGGGCCAAGUGCUCAGGUUUGGUGGAAGCCACAUGAUUGGCCUCUCUGUUUGAUUUACUGUAGAGCCACGUUCUGGCUUUUGGAAGUUUGGUGAGACCCAUCAAAGGGGAACAUAUGAGAAAUGACUGAUUGGGGCUCCGUAGAGCCUCAGCGCAAGGUGACGCUGAAAGAGAUAUUGAAGAAUUCGGGACAAGUCAUCACAGAGGAGCAGGCCUGGGCCCUGUGCUACCAAUGCAGCUACAAAUGCCAGCAGAUCCGGCAGGUUUCUAAGCCGCUGCCGGUGCUGGGAGGCGUGGAGAGCAUCUUCAUUCACCAGGAUGGAGCCGUCUCUUUUGCUCAAUCUGCUGGUAUGGUGGGCGCUUGUCAAUCAGAGGAAAAGGUUAUUGAGCAGCUCGGGAAGGUGGUGUACUCUGCCCUGGACUGGGGCCUCAGCAAUGACAUGGAACGCGUUCUCAGCGAGCCGCUACUCUAUCUGCUCUACCGCAUGGUCGGCCUCAAAGCCACCUGCACAUCCCCCACUGGUGAUUUGUGGAAGAUCACCCUCUAUGAUGUUGCAAAGGUGUGCGUCGAAAGGCUUUUCCUUCCCACUGAUGCCCCCGGACACUACAAAGCAGUGUGCCGCAUGCAAUAUGGAGUACAUGCUGAGAUCUGCAAUCUCCUGCAGACCAUAAAGCAAUCCAAACAGAAUUUGAAGAAACUGGGGAGCAAGGAGGAGAAUGACUCUGUGGUUUUUGACAACUGGAGUGCCUUGUGGAAAGGUGUAAUGAAAGAGCUCCGUGUUGGGUUGAGACUCUGCUCCAAACGGUGCUCCAAAUCGCAACCAGUUGAGUAUCAACUUGCGCCGUAUGAGAUGUUAAUGGAGGACAUCCGCUGUAAGAAGUACACACUGCGAAAAGUCCAAGACAGUGACUUGUCCAGUAGCCGAUCAAACAAGAGUGAGGAGAAUGUCGUCAUCUUGGAUCUGCUUCGCUCGCUGAAACCGGCCUCGGAACGUAAGCUGAAAGAGAAACCACACGAGGAGCCGAGCCUACACGAACUCCUGAUGUCUGAAAUUAAGUCUUCCAGGUCCAUACUCAAAUCUGCAGAGCGCAAAAAGUAUUUUCCCAGGGUGAGUUUUGACGAAGACUUGGGGAUCGCCGAUGGCCCGUUCUCCGUUCCUUCAGACGGUCCUAACUAUAGACGCCGACUAGAGUCCAGGUGGAACGUGCCAGCCUUUGAUCUUCAAGACCAUCAGAUUGAGGGAAGGAUAAGCUGGAACACAGAAUUAAGCCAGGAAUCGUCCUCGGAACAAAAGUUCCCAGACCUAACGUCCAGUAGCACAGAGCUCUCCUUCCUGCCUGUGUGGACUUCAUCACAAGUGGACCUCCGAAUGAACUGUGGCUCAUCCCAAGCGGACCGCCAAACAACCAGUGGAUCUACUCCUGACAAACUGCUUUCUUCAUCAGUCCAGAAGAAGCUGUCUUUUGGUCACAAGCGGUCAAGCUCCUUCGAAGGCUUACUAGGAGAAGCACCGGAUGAGCAGUCUCAGGCUUGGGACUCUCCAAGGUCUAGUCUACCUCCAACGGUCCUGGAGCUGGCUCCUCUUCGUCGAUUGAUGGUAAAAACUGAGGUGUCAGUCUUUCGGUCCAGUAGAGAUGUUCUGAGGCAAAAGGCUUGUUCAAGUUGUCGCAAGAGGCUUUUGUGCAGGCAGGUCCUCUGCAAAUUCUGUGAAAGGACUAUUUGUUCGGAAUGCCGUGUGGAGAUGUUGAUGCCCCACCAAAAGUGCAUGCACUUACCGAUCAGCUUCUUCAAAGCUCUGGUUCUCACGCAGGAGAGUGAUCUUACUCGAAACAAGGACUUGCUCCAUUGGAACAACUCCAGUGUUCCUCUGGUUAUGUUUCAUCCCAAAAACGCAUCCAGUGACUUUGCAUUUCGCAAAUGGAUAAUGUACAACUGGACUUCAAUGUCCAUAUGUCUUAAGUGCCAAGAGUACAUUUUGGAUGUAAUCAAAAGGAAUCGGAGCUGCGAGAUCCCCGGAGGAACCUUCAAAUCCCGAAGCAUGUCUGUAUCUGCGACACCAUUCUCAAGACAAUAAACCUUUUUAUAUAAGGUGGUAACUUAGACUACCUUUACGAAACUGGUUGACUUCAAGAAUUUCAGAAGGUUUGAAGUUGGCUCCAGUUGGAGGUCAUCAGACUUUAUAAGACCAAGGGCGAUGUCCUUGGUAAAGUUGUGUUUUUUUUAUGUAUUUGUUUUAUGUAUUUGUUUUAUGUAUUUGUUUUAUGUAUUUGUAUGUCCUGUCUUGUGACUAGGCCUGUCUUAAUAAAAUUGUCUUGUUUACUUUGAGAUUUGCCCAAAAACACAUUUUUAGUUUUGACUUUUUUGAACACGCCCCAGGUGGGGAGAGGGUUUUAACCUUUUUUUUUUCUUUUUUGUUAAAAAAAAAAAUUGGGUAAUGCCUUCAAAUUUUUGACCACUAUUAUAACACUGAAUAUGCAUAAAAUUAAAGCGUUUAUUUUAUUUCAUGGUUCUAAAUUCACAAUAUUUAAGAAAUUGUAAAUAUUUUAAUAUUUUAAGCCUUUAUUCUUGCAUGGUUUUUGAAAUAAUGCACUUAAUAACACAUUUAAAUAAUUCAAUGAUAUUGAUUCACCCGACACCAACCCCCCCUGUACAUGGAUUUGAUGGACCUUGCUGGUCUCUCGUAUCGGAGACUUUGUUCCACGCUCCCUCUCACUACAUGUGUUUUUUACAGCCUUGUUUCUUGAAGUAUGACCUGAUUUUAUUAUGGCUUUGUGCUUAAUGCUUGAGAGGAGAAUGUAUAUUCUGUCAAAUUUACCAAUAAAGUGCAAGAUUAUUAUGGA